UAUAUUUCAGUGUGUAUAAAUCUUUAUCAUAAGAGAACUGGUUGAUCUACAAUUGGAAGCAUUCACAGUGGAUCAAAAAAUCUUAUGUAUUUAUUCAAAAGAUGCUAUCAUGACGUCAGGAAAGAUGAUUUAUGUAAUAUAGGAGACUACUGUGAUGGCUCAAGUGGCUAGAACAUUGCGUACUGCUAUACGAAGUUUAACAUCACCAAUGAGGAGUUUCGGUAGUGCCCAACCUUUGCAGGAAGCUGCUUUAGAGGAACGUUGUAUUCUUGUUGAUGAGUCGGACAAGCCUCUUGGUAAUGCCACAAAAAGAGACUGUCACAUUGUUAAUUCUGAUGGACAAGUUUUACUUCAUAGAGCAUUUAGUGUCUUUUUAUUCAAUGGUAAAGGAGAACUAUUACUUCAAAAAAGGUCUCCCAAUAAGAUAACAUUCCCAAACCGUUAUACAAAUACAUGCUGUAGUCAUCCAUUAUUUGAAAUUCCCGAAGAAACUGAAGAACGUGAGGCACUAGGAAUUCGUAGAGCAGCAAGAAGAAGACUGAAUUUUGAGUUAGGAAUUCCUUUGUCAGAAAUUUUGCUAUCAGAUUUUUUCUACUUAACAAGAAUUCAUUAUCAAGAUGUGGAAGGUAUAUGGGGUGAACAUGAAAUAGAUUAUGUGUUAUUUAUACAAAAAGAUAAUGUAACAUUGGAUCCAAAUCCAGAUGAAAUCAGUGAAAUUCGUUGGGUAUCAAAAUCAGAAAUCAAAGAUAUUGAGAAAAAUCUUAAUCCAUUGAGUCCCUGGUUUAAAUUAAUUCUUAAGCAUAAAUUGUCAUCGUGGUGGGAUAAUCUACAUUCAUUAGAAAAAAUACAAGAUCAUAAAACAAUACAAAGAUUUUUAUAAUACCUUUGAACAAAGAAUUAAGUUCAAUAGCCUUAUCACACAUAACGUUAAUUAAGGUAUUUUAUUACCAUCCAAAUAUUUAAAUAAUUAAUAACAAAAGAUUUGAGGAUGAAAUCCGUACAAAAUGAUUAGUUUUAUGCAAUAAGUUGUACACUAUAAAUAUAAUUGCAGUAUAAGUACAAAAGUAAAUUUGUUCAUAUAAACUUGCACUUUGUAAAUAUUGAAAUAUUUAAUAUAAUUUUGAUAACUUGGCUAAUUACCAUUAGACAAUUUGUAUACUUAUAUAAAUUUUGUGAAUACAUUUUUGUCAUAGGAAAAAUAAUUUUGUAAAUAUAUAGUAAACCAUGAACUAAUCUUUCUUAAAUACUAUUUUCUUACUAAAAAGUGUGUAAAUAAAAAGUAAAACUCAAAAAUACGAAGAUAUAAAAAUUUUAUACUGCAACGAAUGAUAAAUUUAAAACAAUUUUCUACAUCUUUAUGUUAAUGUAUCUUCCACUUUAUUCAUUAUUAAAAAGUCAAAGAAAAAAUGGUUUUUAUCAUGUAUUGAAUAUAAUAUUUAGAAUAAUGCAAUAAAAUAAUAGAACAUGAUCAGUAAAAUGUAAUAGAAAUAUCUUCAUUAUAGUUUCAAAAAUGGUUUAAAAGGUAUAAAAAAGGUUUAAGAAGUUUAAAAAAGAUCUCAGAGGUCUAAAAAAGGUUUUAAAGGUUUAAAAAAUAACAUUAAUUUCUAUAUUGAUGGUAUUUCAAAGGUUAAUAAAAAAUGGUUUGUUGUAAGGGUUCACAACUUUAUUAUUUAUAUACAAAAUAUGCGUAAUUUUUCAACGAUUCUAUGAAUAAACCUUAUUGCGUUUAUAAACUGUUAUAUGAUUAUUAAAUUCUCUUGUUGUACAAUAAAAUAUUAUAUCACUAUGAUUUAAUAAUUUAAUAUAGAAUUAGUAUUUAAUGGGUUGAAAAUAUAUUGAAUAAAGAUAUUAAUUGGAUAUUAGAAAUGACGGAUAUCUCCAUCUUUAACCAACAAGAGUAUAGAAAAAUAUGAGUGUUUUAAAGAAAUACAAAUUUAAAAGGAAAAGUUGUGCUAAAAUAUUUAAUUACAGGCAGAUAAUAAUUAUGCAAUUUUAUGUCUACCUCAGUCUAAUAUUGGGAUAUAUUUGUAUUCACCUAAUAAAGGUUUUAUUUUAUUAUCAUUUAUUAA